AUGGCUCCCAUUACUCCUAGAACCCCUAGAUCUAAUGCUAGAAAUAGUCUUACCCAGGUUGCAGCUGGUCGUGUUGAGCAACAUCUUGUUGUACCUGCUGUUACCCAAGAACAGCGCAUGACAGAAAUGUCAACUUGCCUUGAUAACAUGGGCGCCAUGCUUGGAUCUCUGGACAAUAGAUUUGGUCAAUUUAUUGAUGUUCAAAGAAGAAACACCGAGACAGUUGGUGUAAUUGCUAUGUCUUUGGCAUCCACAAGUAGACAAGUUCUCCCAGCAGUUGCACCAUCUUUCAAUGGAAUGUCUGAAGAGACAAAAGUUGCAGUUUUGGACUUCAGAUCUAAUGAUCCUACUGAGAUUGCCGAGAAUGAAGCAAGACAAAGAUGGAAUGUAGAUGAGCAGGUUGACUAUCCUGAUAAUGUUGCUGUUGUUGCAUACUUGCGGGAGUAUAUUCAUGCCCAACCCCAAGCUGUCAGCUUUUGGCCUGGCAAGGUAGUAUCUAUGAUAAAAAGUAACUAUAGGUACUGCCAUCAUAAAGCACAUACGUUGCCUGAGCAGCACAUGGACAACAACCGCAGGGCAAGAAUUGCCAGCCGGAUUAAAGAGAUCCAUACUCGCCGCCAGGAUAUAUACACUAGGUACUGGAGGGUGGUAGACAAGGAGAUGGGUCUCACAGUGGAAGAAGAUUCCGAGAUGGCUUUUUUUGGUGCUAUCCAAAAAGGAGCUAUGUCGGACGGCGAGUCUGACACAGAGGAACUUUUCCCUGGAUUCCCAGUGCGUGUGUUGAAAGUUGUCUAUCCCAGCUGGAGAAGCAAUGAACAUGCAUUGUGGUGA